UCACCCAUUUGCAUUACCCUACGAAGCCUAGAAUCAAAGCGCCUCUCUUCGACAGUUCGUCGUCUCUAAAGUAGAUUCUGCAACAACACAAAGCAAAACAGCGUACAAUUUGGUCUCUGCACUUCUAACCGGAAUCAUGGGGGACCUCUCGUCGAACAAUACCACCGGAGAGGUUCGGACAGCGCCGAAGGUCCCGAUCGCCGGCAAGAGAAACAUACUCAUCACUAGUGCCUUGCCUUAUGUCAAUAACGUUCCUCACCUUGGCAAUAUCAUUGGCUGUGUAUUGAGCGCUGAUGUUUUUGCUCGAUAUUGUCGUCUUCGAGGAUACAAUGCCAUAUACGUAUGUGGAACUGAUGAGUAUGGAACAGCAACUGAGACAAAGGCAAUGGAGGAGAAUUGUACACCUAAAGAAAUUUGUGACAAGUACCAUGCAAUUCACAAGGAAGUAUAUAAGUGGUUUAAUAUUAGUUUUGAUGAAUUUGGACGUACUUCGACUCCACAGCAGACAGAAGUUUGCCAAACAAUUUUUAAAAAGUUGUUGGAGAAUAAUUGGCUUUCUGAAAACACAAUGCAGCAGCUUUACUGUGAUACAUGCAAAAGGUUCUUAGCUGAUCGGCUUGUAGAGGGUACUUGUCCUACUGAAGGGUGCAAUUAUGAUUCUGCACGAGGAGAUCAAUGUGAAAAGUGUGGAAAGCUGUUGAAUCCAACAGAAUUAAAAGAUCCUAAAUGCAAGGUCUGUCGAAACACUCCACGCAUUCGUGAUACAAAUCAUUUGUUUCUCGAGCUUCCUCUGCUAAAGGAUAAAUUGGUACAAUAUAUUGAGAACAUGUCCGUAGCUGGAUCCUGGACUCAGAAUGCUAUUCAGGCUACAAAUGCAUGGUUGAAAGAAGGACUAAAGUCACGAUGUAUUACUAGGGAUCUGAAAUGGGGAGUUCCAGUUCCACAUGAGAAAUUUAAGGACAAGGUUUUCUAUGUAUGGUUUGAUGCACCUAUUGGAUAUGUCUCGAUCACGAAGUGUUACACUCCUGACUGGGAGAAGUGGUGGAAGAAUCCUGAAAACGUGGAGCUGUAUCAAUUCAUGGGGAAGGAUAACGUACCAUUCCACACUGUGAUGUUUCCAUCUACUCUUCUUGGAACUGGUGAAAAUUGGACCUUGAUGAAGACCAUAAGUGUUACGGAAUACUUAAACUAUGAAGCAGGGAAGUUUUCCAAGAGCAAAGGCAUAGGAGUUUUUGGUAAUGACGCAAAAGAUACAAACAUUCCUGUAGAAGUGUGGAGAUAUUAUUUAUUAACUAACAGGCCAGAGGCAUCUGACACACUAUUUACGUGGUCCGAUUUGCAAGCAAAACUUAACAGUGAGUUGCUCAAUAAUUUGGGCAACUUUAUCAAUCGGGUUUUGAGUUUUAUUGCUAAACCUUCAGGCACAGGAUAUGGAUCCAUCAUUCCAGAAUCUCCAAAUGCUGACUCACAUCCCCUGACAAAGAAAUUGGCUCAAGAAGUUGGUAAAUAUGUGGAGCAAUAUGUUGAAGCUAUGGAGAAGGUUAAAUUAAAGCAAGGACUGAAAACUGCAAUGAGCAUUUCUAGCGAAGGGAAUGCAUAUUUGCAAGAAAGCCAAUUCUGGAAGCUUUACAAAGAAGACCAGCCUUCAUGUAACAUAGUUAUGAGGACCUCUGUAGGACUUGUGUAUCUUCUUGCAUGUUUAUUAGAACCUUUCAUCCCAUCUUUCUCUCUUGAGGUUUUCAAGCAGCUUAAUUUGUCUCCUGAACAAGCUUCACUUUCUGAUGAAAAAGGAGAUAUUGAUAAGGCAAAGAGACCUUGGGAGUUUGUACCUCCCAAUCAUAAAAUUGGACCACCAGAGCCAUUGUUCAAAGAAUUGAAAGAUGAAGAAGUAGAUUUCUUCAGGAAGAAAUUCGCUGGAAGUCAAGCUGAGAGGGCAGAAGCUGAAGCAGCAAAGGUUGCUGAGCAACUGAAGAAGACAAAAGUUUCAGACAGUGGAAAGAAGCAACAGACUAAAAAACCAGCUGCCCAAGCCAAAUCAAAGAGCACUGUCGAACCAGAAAUUUCGAUCACAAGACUUGAUAUUCGUGUUGGUCUAAUUACGAAAGCUCAGAAACAUCCUGAUGCUGAUUCUCUCUAUGUAGAAGAAAUUGAUCUGGGAGGAGAGACUAGAACAGUCGUUAGUGGACUUGUCAAGUAUAUACCUCUAGAAGAGAUGCAGAAUCGGAAGGUCUGUGUUCUUUGCAACUUAAAGCCAGCAACCAUGAGGGGUAUUAAGUCACAAGCUAUGGUUCUUGCCGCUUCCAACAGUGACCACACCAAGGUGGAGUUGGUCGAACCACCUGCAUCUGCUGCUGUUGGAGAGAGAGUUACAUUCCCUGGGUUUGAAGGUGAGCCCGAUGAUGUCCUAAACCCUAAGAAGAAGGUUUGGGAGACGCUGCAAGUGGAUCUCCAAACUAACGCGGAUCUAGUAGCGUGCUAUAAGGAUACUCCAUUAACCACAUCUGCUGGAGUAUGCAAGGUUGCAUCCAUUGGAAGUGGUUCAAUCAGGUAGGUAGAUACCUUAAAAGUAUUGACGAGUCAGAAAACCCCAGAUUUUGUCUCGCUUUUUUUUUUUUUUUUAAGUUUGCCAUAGCAUUUUCAAUUUCUUGUAAAAAUGACUUUUUCCUUGUAAUGUACUGUGUAAAAUGCUACAUGUAUUGCUACGUUUAUAAUGGUUGAGUUGGAUUCUCAAUUGGCAGCUCGCAAGAAUAAAAAAAAAAAAAUCUGAAUUACUGGUA